AUGUCUAACUUGACUAUUUUGCUGCUCUCUGCUGCUUGCCUCGCCUUGACCGCUGCCCAGACAACGGCUCCAGGACCGGAGGCUCGCCGCUUGGCCCGGGAUUAUCCUCUGAUCGGUAUAUUGCCACGUUUCUUCUCCCGCCUGGACAACGACCGCCCGCAGCAGCAACCUCAGAUUAUUUUUCUGCAGGCACCCAAUCAGAAUCAGAACCAGAAUCAGCAGCAAAUACCCCCAUAUUUCUGGCCGACAUUUCCAAGUCGUCCCAAUCAACGUCCUCCCUUCAAUUAUCCUGGCUUUGAUACAGGGUCAGAUAGUGGGUCUCCAUCUAUUGUCAUCGUCAAUCCGAACAACAUGCAGGGCCUUUACUUCCCCAUCAACAGCUCCAGUCAAGCGAUCCCCGCAGCUGCUGCUGGCGGAAGAGCUGCUGGUAAUCGCUUUGGCGCGGGUUUUGUAUCCGUUAAUGAUCUAUUACAGAGUCUGAGCCAUGCUAAUGCCGACGAUGAUGAAUCUGGCGACGAUCAAAUAAUUCAACCCACUAUCAUCGACUCUGCACACCAUGCGGACAACUCUGCCGAUGAUGUCAGCGAGGACGAGCUGGGUCUGUUGGAGCGCCAGGCGGCACGUGGUCUGAGUCCCAAGCAUUUGGUCGCAUUGCUCACACAGGAUAAGCAACGCAAGCGCUUCCAGGAGGCCGCUGCAGGCAUCUACUUGAAGAACUUCAAUUUGCAUAAAUAA